AUGAAAAUGAACGAUCGAAAUGAAGAGGAUGAAGGAAAAAGAAAAGGAAAAACUCGCCGAUUCCAUUAUACGAGUACUGAUAUUCGAUACUGGGCCGCUGGAUUAUUCAGAUCACGUCGAAAAUAUGAAAAAUCGGUUAUAACGAGAAAGAAAGAUAGUCGAAUGAUAAAUGAUAUUAAUGAAAAUGGAACUACUGAAGCACAGUCAUCAUCCCUUCUUAAAGAUACGACUAAGAAUAAUGGAAGGAAUAUUGAAGUAAAUCAAGAACGUACCCGCUUAACCGAUAAUUCAAGUGAUCUAAUGUGUUAUUUUAAAGAAGAGAAACAUCGCAGGUACCAUUUGUAUGAACGUUCAUUGCGAAAUAAUGAACAAGAAAAUCGUCAGCAUUUUCGAUCGAGUAAUUUUUCAUUAGCUGCCAGUGCAAUUCCGAAUUCUCAACAAAUUCGUCAACUUUCAGAACCAAACGUUAAUUUGGUGAAUGAUCGUAAAAUCGAUGAAUAUAAUAAUUAUCUACGAAUUAUGGAAGAAGAAAAAAAUUAUGAAAAAUUAAAAGAAUGGCAAAAUUGGAUGCGAGAACAACCGAUAAGCGUACUUAAACUCGAUAAAACUGAACGAUUAGUCUUAAAAAUUGGUGGUUCGUUUCAACUUUUCUUUUUUUCCAAUUUCACUAUUUCAUAA